AUGUUGUUUUCUCUUGCUCUUGUUGUCUUAUCCUUUGUAACGAGUCCAGUUCACAGCGAUAAACAUAUUCCAGUUCGAAAACUCCGAGCAUCGGAUACUUGCUACGGAGAGUAUGGCUGCUUUACAACUGGAUAUCCAUUUGGUGGAACAUUACAACGUCCAUUCACAGUAUUACCUGACCGUCCUGGCGUGAUUGGAACUACCUUCUAUCUAUAUACACGAGAAGCGCGUAAAAAUCGCACGGAAGUAAGCCGUUACACCAGUCUUGGUACAUGGAAAGCAUCUAGACCGACGAAAUUUUUCAUCCACGGUUUCCUCGACAGCACAAACAAACCCUGGUGGAUCGAUAUGAAAAAUGCCAUUCUUCAAGUUGACGAUGUGAAUGUCAUUAUGACUGAUUGGUCUAAGGGUAAUGGAUUUCCGUAUGAAAAAGCAGCAGCAAAUACUCAAGUCGUCGGUGCAGAAAUUGCUCUAUUCAUACAAUAUUUGAUUGCUGAACACGGUGCUCAAGCUUCCGAUUUCCACGUUAUCGGUCAUUCGCUUGGUGGACAAACUGCUGGAUAUGCCGGCGAAAGAGUAAAAGGAUUAGGACGUAUCACUGGUUUGGAUCCUGCUGGUCCUUAUUUUGAAAAUACUGAUCCUCGAGUUCGUCUCGAUCCUACCGAUGCUCAAUUUGUCGAUGUCAUUCACACCGAUGGUACUCACAAUCUUCUUCUUGGACUUGGUUCUCUUCAGCGCAUGGGGCAUGUCGACUUCUUUCCCAAUGGUGGCUUUGAUCAACCUAAAUGUCCUAAAACUUCUGGUAAAUUGAUGCACCUUGUCUGGCAACUCGGCACAAUGAAUGUUUCAUGGAAACAUCACUUUGCAGUCAUUUAUCUGCUGUCUACUUCUUCACGGAUACCUGCUGGUAAGUGUUCACUUCAAUGUGAUGGAAACGAACAUCAAUGCAAUCGUAUGGGUUACUGGGCAACGCCGAGCGAUGGCAAAGGUGAUCUUUAUUUGAAAACUCAAGAUGCAAAUGCUUUUCCAUUCUGCGUGCAUCAUUAUCAACUGACAUUAGAGUCAGGAUCCGAGUAUGCUCAAACGCGCGGUAAAGUUUCUUUAACACUUGUUGGUACUCUUCAAACAGUUACUGUUGUUUUUGAUGACGAUCAAACAACAUUCAAACGUGGUUCGGUCGAAACACGCUUCAUUCCAUUGACCGUCGACAUCGGCGAAGUAACAGAAGUUAAUAUCGAAUUUAAGAAGACACAAAACUGGAUAUCAUCAUCAUGGUAUUCAUCCUCGUGGUUAUUCACCAAAGCCACUGUGUUUCAUGCUGAUCAACAACAAAGUCGUGCAUUCUGUUCGCGUGAAUCCAUUGUCUCUGGUACUGCUGCUCGCUUUGCUUCGUGCUAG